AGUACCAUAUAAAAUGCCUCUGUCUUACAGCUACCUCAUAUUCUAAACAUCUUUCUCUCUCUGUGAUUCUGCAAACUAAGGUGAAGAAGGCAAGAACCCACAUUUCAGACAUGGCUGAAGAGGGAACAGUUAUUGCCGUUCACACCGUUGAGUCGUGGAAAGAAGAAUUCCAGAAGGGAAAGGACUCCAAAAAGCUGGUUGUGGUGGAUUUUACUGCUUCCUGGUGUGGUCCAUGCCGUUUUAUUGCCCCAAUUCUUGCAGAGAUUGCUAAGAAGAUGCCUGAAGUAACCUUCCUCAAGGUGGAUGUGGAUGAACUGAAGAGUGUUGCUGAGGAAUGGUCCAUUGAGGCUAUGCCAACCUUCUUGUUCUUCAAAGAGGGUGAGCAGGUGGACAAGGUUUUGGGUGCUAAGAAGGAUCCCCUGGUAGCGACCAUAACCAAGCAUGCUACUGCUGUUGCUUGAAGUGAAGUACCAUCAGCAUCACAUGAAGAAGAUCAACAACAAUAAUAAAACAUUUUAAUAUGUUCUUAUAUCAUUGUGCAUGUUUUCUCUAUCUAUGGUUAUGCAGUUUGCAGAACAUGAGUUACGGAUGAAAAUAAAUUGUUGUGUUGCCUCUUAUUUACAUGAAAAUAAAUGGACAUUUAAGUACUAACUUUAUGAGCAUAGUAUUUAUGAGAAUGUUUGGCCUUGUGCCUGUGUUUUCUUA